AUUUGGUGACAGGGGGCCAUAUCGAGAGAGUUGCUGAGGGAUCGCAUGAGAUCAUACUUACUCGCGUGUAGGGAGACGCAUCCCCGCGGGAGCAGCUGGCCUCACUAAGCGUCGAUGGGGUACCAGCCUGACUGAGGAGAGACGGGAGAGAAGAUGCGGUAAACAACCCAGCACCAUACUCCUCCGUCAUCUCACGGAUCCAUGGAUGACUGGGAUCGACGGAAUCCUCCUGUCAGCGCCUAUCUUCCACUAUUCCCGGUUGGGACGAGGCAACCAAGGGCCCACUGCGGAUACCGCCCGAGGAACGGUGGAACCAAAGCUUGGCCCCCCACACAAGAAACCGAUGAUGACGGCCCGCUCCUUCUCGUUUCAUGAAUAUUGUUUGGCUUCGCCGACGGGAGGGCGGAGCCGAUCGAGAAAUUGUUGGGGGUGGCAACCUCCGGCCAUCGCAGUGCAAACAGCCUCGUCGGUCAGGGACUGCGAACCGGGGGUCUAUGCAUUCAAUAGGGGGGAUUUGUGUUUCAUCAAUAACAUUCCUUCAUUUGAUGCUGCUCCGCUCAACGGCGGGCAGGUCGAACUCUUCCGGAAAGCGCGUUGGCGAUCCAGCGCGCCGGGUUCAACGAAAGGGACAAACGCCGUCUAGCAAUGCUUCGCCGAAAUUCUGCUUGUAAUGUCCGCCAUGAUACAGAACGCCAUCAAAACUCCUUCCGAGUCCGUGUUCCCGC